AUGCAAGAGUGCUUCCUCAAUGAUGCGCGAACCGUCGCCGUUCCCAAAGUGCAUGCCUAUCUCGGUAUGCCGCAGGACCAUCCCGACCCUCUCUAUGGCUCUUAUGAGGUACUCGGUCUUAGAGACGACGUUUGCUUCGACCGAGCUGGGCGUCUGGAAGCCUAUGGCUCGGUUGUUGAGUCGACAAGAAGCAACGAAUUUUGGCCUAGCGAUCGCGAGACCCAGCGAAGUCCGAUAGAUUGGAGCAGUGUCGACUGGGCAGCUGCGCAGACGAGGUGUUAUCACGAUAACACCCUGCGUUCUGCUCUUCGAAGUGCAACAAAGACCGCAUCAACAGAUGCAACGCCGCAAAUCUCUCGGCAGGCAGUUGUGUUACGAACAUGGACAGGCUUCCGCUACACACGUCAAUCUAUAAUGAACCUUAGAGCGCUAAUCAGUGAAGUCUCUCUGGGAUCGGGCGGCGAGUACGAUGUUCACCUGCUCGUUCACGUCAAGGACAAUUCCGCGCGAUUCUGGGAGUCGCAGGACCUGUACAAUCAGAUUCGCCAGGAGAGUGUACCAGCAGAGUUCCAUGGUCUGGUCACCUUGUGGUCUGAAAAACAAAUGGAAUCUAUCUACCCCGGCCCAUUCUGCAACGAGACUCUCAACAGAUCUGGAAAGCCUAUCCAUGGAGUCUACAGAAGCUCCCACAUGCCGCUCCAGUGGUUCGCACAGACUAACACGCAGUACGACCANUUUUGGAAUUGGGAGAUGGAUAUACGAUAUACUGGUCAUUACUAUGAAUUCUUCGACCGUCUAGGAAAAUGGUCNAAAACUCAACCAAGGCGCGGAAUCUGGGAACGCAGCGCCAAAUAUUAUCUUCAGAAGUUGCAUGGGACUUGGGCCGAAUUCUCUGCCAUUGUGGACAAAGAGAAUCCCACCACUGUAUCGGGUCCUGUGUCUUUCGCUGGUUCCCCAGUGCGCGAUCCUCCAACAGAACCAACUUCUUCCAAUGUAGGAGAGGGAGAGGACGCUGAUCUUAUAACAUUGAGCCCUCUGUUCGAUCCUGAAGGCUCGGGAUGGUGGUUCGAGCGAGAUGUGACCGGAUACGACACACAGCUUCCCAUUCCUCCACGUCGUAUUGCCAUCAUCGCAGCAUCGCGGAUGUCUCGUCAGCUUCUCGAUCUGAUGCACAAGGAGAUGGUCGAACUGAAACACACCAUGUGGACUGAGAUGUGGGCACCGAGCGUCGCUUUGCACUACGGUCUGAAAGCGACUUAUGCACCGCAUCCUGUCUACUACGAUCGCGAAUGGCCAAUUGCGACCGCCGAUAGAACAUUCAAUGCUGGUAAGCAUGGCUCGUCUGGAGGCAAUGCUUCGUCUGUCUUUGGAGGAUUCGAGCACAACUUUUCGGAAGCACUUGGUAUUGCAAUGCAAGGUUUGCGGGCNGAUCUCUGGAGAGCUUGGCUUGGUCGCGGCAGUCGAGAAAACAGAUUACGAAACGGGCUCGAUCAGAUGUGUCUGCGCUCGAUGCUCUUGCACGCGGUGAAGCAUGAGUGA